AUGAUGGAAAAAAUAAAAAGAAAGCGAAAUUAUGAUAACGCCCGUAAUGUUGAUAAACUGAAAGAGUUACUCACCAAUGAUGAAAAUACUUCUGCUUGCGUGCAGUGUUGUGAAAGGAAUUCAUACGAGACGUGUAACAACAUUUUACAAUAUAUAAAAAAAUAUUUGAACAUUCCCUUGUAUGUCCUUGAUCUUGUCAGUAUUUAUAAUCACGAAAACAUUCCAAAGUUCGUUAAAGACGUAUUUACAGAAUUUGUAAAAUAUGUCAAGAGAGAAAAAGUGCCCAAAUCGGUCCUGUUUCUCGCCUACUUUGAUGACUGGGUAGUGUCCAUAAGAGAAGGCAAUAAGGGGAUUCGCCACGGUGAUGGAGAUGGUGACAAUGACGAUGAUGAUGGAAAUCGCGAACCAGAUAAAUCAGGAAAUUUCUUCCAAACAGAUGGUGGGGAGAAAAAAAGAAACGCACGAGAUGUCCAUAUGCAUAUAUAUAACUCCAUUUAUUACUUAAAAAAUAAGUUGCUAAAAAAUUUAGGAAAGAAAAAGCUCUGUGUUAAAUUAAUCGGUUUACAUAAAACGAGAGGGGGUUUCGAUUUAUAUAAUGACCUCUUUGAUUGCAAUAUAAUUAUAUCCCAUUUUGUCAGUACGCCCAUCCCAUACUAUAUUCACAUGAACAAAGAUAUCCAUAAACGGAUCUCAAAGAAAAAAAAAUUUUCGAUCGAUCAUGUGUACUCUGUUUUGUCUAAAAAGGUGGAUUAUUUUGACGGCGCUCGCGAAAAAAAUGUAAAUCUCUUUAAAUGCUUUUUUGCAUAUUAUUAUAAAUUUCAAAGGGGUGUUAUAAGAAGGUCCAGAAAAAGGAGACAGAGAAUAAAACUCGAACUGACAAAGGUAAAUGAUCAAGAAGAAAGACAAAGUUGCAAAUCCUCAAGUGUAAAUUUUAAAUGGAUAAACUGCCUCACAAAUUUGAAGUAUUUUAAGUAUCUUCAAAAGUACAAAUAUUUUUUAACGAGUAAAAAAAAAAAAAAAUUCACCAUUUUUUUGUUCACACACAAUGACACAUACAUUUGGCAACGUAUUAAAGAACGGUUGUACUCGCCUUUCUUUAUAAAAGAAUAUAUUUGCACUCUUCUCAAAAGACACACAAAGUUGAGUGCCCCUUUUAUAUGUUCGAAGGGUAGCGUUGGGGGUGACGACACACCCGGGGGGCCCGGUAGAGAAGAUGCCACAGCACGGAACAAAACCCUCAUGGACAGGGGUAAAAAAUACGACGCUUUCAAUGAUAACCCAAAUUGCAGCAACAGGAGAAACAGCUGCCUGCAUGUGGAGCCAGACCCAGUCAAUUAUGCUAAUCAAUGGCUAGAUCCAACAGUAAUGAGUAGUAGAAAAAUUCGAAAGGGCACAAAUGAGGAUCAUUUGGCACCUAUUAGGAAAAGGUUCAUACUGAAAAAUAAGUACCAGCGUGAUAACUUCUGUGUGUACAAUUCGAAACCAAGAACUUUAUUAAGAUUUUAUUUUAGCAAAAUAAAUAUACCGAACAUAUGUUUGAUAUAUGGGGGCAAUGGAGUGGGGAAAAGCACCUUACUGCAAUUUUUGGUUCACGUCCUUGGCUCAAAUUAUAAGGACAUCUCCUUUAGCCAAAAAGUGAUGGCCCAUUCACUUCACAGUUCAGGCGAAGGGGAUGUAGGUGAGGUGAUCAAAGGGAGAAGUAUCAACACGAAUAAGCAGAACAUGUGUGGAAAAAAAAGUACAGCUUGGGGGGGGAGAAGCUACAGACAUGUGUCGUAUGGGUCCCUCAUGCGAAGGAUGAAUCUUCGGGAAAAGAGAAAAAUAUUUCAUCAAUUCCAAAAUGUGUGCAUAAUUCCAUUCGAAAACCAUCUGCUGGUAAAUAAAACAAUCGGGGAGAAUAGCCGGUACAUAAGAAAAAUUUUCACCAUGGCAUUCAAAAACCAACCAGCCGUUAUAAUUUUUGACAACAUAGAUCUAUUUCUUGAGAAAAACAACAAUUACAAACAUGCUGUGGAUGAUCAAAAUGAAGAUGUCUACAAAAACAUUUACAUUUUAUUAAUACAUUAUUUGCGUACGUACGUGAAUGGGUCGAACAAAAUAAAGUUUCUCGCAACGUGUAGUGUGCAUCCCCAGUUUUUUAAAUUCUCUUUCCUCAAUUUGGUGCAGCGUAUACUGUUUAUUUCGUGA